UUUGCUAAUAACAUAUUGACUCAGAAGAAGACGAUAGAAAAAACGUGAAAAAGAAGAAAAAAAGAAAACAACAACUUUGACGAAAGGAGUUCUUCAUCUUUUCUCUGGAAACAAUGGAGCAUAAGCUAGAAGACCAUGUCUCAAUCCAGAAGAGAUUCUCCCAUCCUCCUCUGAAGAGAUGUGAAAACUGCUGCUCUCCACCAAGAUACCAUUGUCCAUUUUGUGCACCAGCUCAGUUCAAGCCAACAAAGCUCUCCAGAAUCAGGGAGCAUUUAGAAAAUCAUUUUAGGAGAGCCGUUUUUGCAGGAAAGUACACAAUCCACAAAUGCGGACUGCAGUGCAGAAAUCAGCCUCAUUACCACUGUUUGUACUGUACGGCAACGCUGAUCCGUAAAAGAGAUUUCAAGAAACAUCUGUUGACAUGCCUCAAGGCCCAUCAGCCGGAUGUCCAGAGGUCAACCCAAGCUGAGGGACUGAUGGCUCCUUUGCUGGUCACUGAGGCGAUUGAAUUCUCGUCACAAGGCACGAGGAACCACGAUGGCUUGGAAGAUUUGAACAUGAGUACAGAUUCAGACGACCAAAGCAGCCAUGAAGCAAGCAGCAGCCGCGGCUUCACCAUCCGGGACUGUGGCCAUGAACCCGAGAAGCCCGUGUCUUUUAAACGUCACCAAACUGUACAGACAAACUUCGACAAACCUCAAGACUGUGACGAGUUCUAUUUCAUGAACCUCGUCAAACUGUUCAAAAAGUUGUCCGCUCCGAAAAAAGCCGAUGUCAGGAUGAAAAUCGAGAGAAUCCUCUUGGAGGCGGGGUUUGAGUGACACAUGUAUACGUCAAAAACCGUUUUAUUGUUCAGCGUUAAUCACGUGUUAUGGAAAGUAUUGUUAGAAGAAGAGUUUCCUCUCUGGGCUUUAUUCACUCUUCCAUGUUCACAACCUGGGCAUAUUUUUCCGACAGCAUCUCUGUGCUAACCCACUUCGUGUUCACUGGAGGAAAAUCUUCUUUGUGUUUAAGCUGUGGGCUCUCACAAAAGUGUACAACACAACACAAUUUGACUUAAUUUUCAUUUCAACUAUUCCAUCAUGCAGAAACAAAUGUACCUGUAGACACAAACUUGUGCAAAACGAUGAAGACAUUAUUUCAGAUUAGUGUGUACAGAGUAUUCAGAAGUCGCCCUGUGUGAACUGCAGAAGUAAAGUGUAAAAACCUAACAGGAUAAGAAGACUUCAUCACAACAUUUACUCUGGAUAAAAGUCCUCAGUCAGUCUGUAUUUAAACACGAGGGUUUAACUUGUUCAAAACUGACAGCUUGCUUUGUAAUAUUUUGUUCUUGUUAUGACCAAAAAUGACCUCUGUAAGAUAACUACAGCCUACCUCAGCGUCCAGAUGUACAGAAGGAGAAAUUAUCUCACAGCUGGAGUUUUCUUUUUUACAUAUGCUUCUGAAAAAGAGAAAAAUUAAGCUGUUGUUUUGUAAGCUUGAAAUACGAGUUGUUGUC